GAGUCAGGAGGGGCUGGCACACCUGUGAUCACGGAGAUUUUCAGCCUGGGUGGAACCCGCUUCCGAGACACAGCUGUCUGGUUACCAAGGCUACGCAAACUCUUAGCAGUAAAUGAAAAAGAGUAUUUUACUGAACUGCAAGUUGAAGAAGAAGCAUUAUAGGAGGAAAAAAAAAAGAAUGAUUAAGAGAUUAUUGAGAGAACAAGGAUUAUUUUGUGGCUGAAGAGCUGAACCAGCAAUACAAAAUGGGAUCCAAAUCUAGGAAGGUGCGGCCUUUGAGACCAGCAGGUGGAUUGCCGGGGUGAAGGCUGCAGUGGCGGCCACGCAAGGACAUGCGUGUUGACUCCGCUGGGUCGUCUGUUCCCCGACGACGUCCAGCCCUCACCUCCAACUUGGGGUGGGAACAUCAACGUGUCAUUCCUUGUCGACUUGUAACCUGUUAACUACCUUGCUCUUGACUGGAAAUUGAUCUGGGGGGCCCGUUUUAGGUUCCCUCCUCAGAAACCGACUACCCAAACUUGUCCCAACCCUGGUCCGCAGUGACCCUCCACUCCAACAGGCCUCUGGGCUGUGUUUGCCGGGCCACGUGGGGGCCACUCAUUUGCCUCCCACGUCUCCCCGCCAGCAGCCUGCGCCACCUGUCCCAUGCCGCGGUCUGCGCGGUUGUAGUCGCAAAAUUAUUAAAUCUGGUGGCCGGUUGGGUGAUGUAACAAGGCACUUAGGCUCCUGGAGCCAGAAUCGUCUUAGCUGUAAAGUGAAGACAGUACCUGCUGUUCUGUUGACCGUAUAAAAUAUUUGUGAGUCUCGAGGGGUGUUCCGUGUGAACAUAUCUUGCAAUUUGUAAAGAAUUUCACAAAUACAGCGUUGGCCUGCGAUGGUUCUUGAUAUCUUAAGAAGAAUCUAGAGAUCGCACAAAACAGCCUUUCCCUGGGUGUCCUCUCACCUUCCUGGUGCUGUAGGCUGCAGGGAAUGUAAAUAAACCGAAGUGGCCGGAACUGGGAUUGGAAUUAGGCCCGGAGGGAGGAGGGAGCAGGAGCGAGGUCCGGGCUCUGGUUGGCGGGUGAGGCUCACGAGGCCGAACCAAGGCCGCCAGAUCAGAGGAAGUCGCCAGCCAAGCGUCAGUGACCCUGUGGCAACAGGGCUGACUUCCGCCCCCCUCACCAUGGCAACCUGGCCGCGGCGCUGUGGAAACGGGUUGCCUAACACACGGGCGGCUGCGGCGCACACAGCUCACAUCCCGAGGGGACGCUGAGAUGUACAGCCAACGAUUUGGCAUCGUCCAGCGGGAGAUCCGGGGCCCGACUCCCAAAGUGGUGGUGUUGAGAGCCAAGCCUCCCAAAGGCCAUGUGGCAGAGCAGCGUCUAGAGAGAAUCCAGUACAGCCAUCAGGAGCAGCAUGCCAUCUUGGCUGCCAUCAAGUCCCAAGAUCGCGAUCGCCUGAAAGUUGAGUGGGAGCAGCACCAUGAACGCAAGUUCUGGGACAGCCUUGCACAGGCAAGGAUCAACGAUGCCAUGCAAGGCUUCAUCAUCAACACUGAAGAGAGACGGAAUAAGUUACGUGAACUUUUAGCAGCUGAAGAAAAUGAGUAUUUUGCUGAAAUGCAAAUGAAACAAGAAACCAUGGAGGAGAAAAAAGAUAGAAUGAGAGAGAAAACCAGAUUGUUAAAGGAGAAGAAAGAAAAAGAGAGACAGGACUUUGUGGCUGAGAAACUGGAGCAGCAAUUCAGAGAGUCCUGUGACGAACUUCGCUCGGAAUUGUUUAGCGACCACCAGAAGAAAGUGUGCGAGGAGCGGAAAGCACAGGUGGCGUUCAAUGAGGAGCUCAAGAGGCAGAAGCUGGUAGAGGAGCAGAUGUUCUCCAAGCUCUGGGAGGAGGACCGAUUGGCUAAGGAGAGGAGGGAAGCCAGCGAGGCCAGACGCCAGAGGGAACUGGCCGAGAACACGCGCCUGGGGCUGAAGGCGCAGAUUACUGGUGUCCUGGCGCAGAGGCGCAUGGCGCAGCGGCAAAAGGAAGAGGAGGCGCGCCUGGUGGAACAGGAGAGAGCACAGGUUAAACUGGAGAACGAGCAGGACAAACUCAGGAAGCAGCAGAAAAAGCAGGAAAUGCGGGCUGUUUUGCAGAAAGCCCUGGAAGAGAGGAUAGCGUUCAUUCAGCAGGAAUACAGAGAACAGCAGGACUUGGACGAAAAGCUCAUACACAGAGCCCUGCAAGACUUACAGCAAGAGGCUGAGAAGAAGCAGCAAAAAAAAGCAGAAACAAUGAGAGAACAGAAGAUCUACCUCACAUACCUGGCACAGCAGCGGAAAGAAGACAAAGCCCAGGAGAAGGAGUUAGACAGGAUGUUAGAGGAGGAGGCGAAGAAGCAGCUGGCCCAGAGGGACAGGCAGCUGAGGCUUGAAAAGGAGGCAAGGAAACAACUCCUGCAGGAGGUCAUGUGUACCAGGAAACUCCAACUCCAAGAAAAGUUGCAGCGAAAAGUGAAAGAACAGGAAGAGCUUGCUGUGGAACAAGAACGAAUCAAUGAGGGUCUUAAAGAACUUUAUUGUGACGAACAGGAAAACUUUUCAAGACGCUACGGGAAGGCCCAGGAGUACAGGAAGCAACUUGACAUGCAGAUGGCCUACCAGCAGCAGAUCCAAGAAGCAGAGAAGGAAGAGAGACGCCUUGAGUUUGAAGCAGGGGUAGCAGAAAACAAGAAGUGCCAGGACAAGAUCCAGGAGGUCCUGGCUACCCAUCGGGCACUGCCCCGCAAAAUCCAUCCCAUGCGAAAGGCGUGCCCCAGCAGGCUCCCACCUUAGCUUCUUAACCAUCAGUGUAUAUUUUCUCAGACCCAUUAAAUAUGUCUUUCACUGUAAUAAG